UAAAUAAAUAAACGCUUGUAAUUGGCCAAAAAAAAGGCUUGCAAAUGAAAAUCAAGCUCUGUUUGUCUACCUUCCCAAUAUGGGGAUCAUCAGAUCACCGCUGUUUCAAGAACUUUACCCGUUCAUGACUGUAAAUUUCAUUCCUUUCUGACUCUACCAGAUUCCUCUCCUGGGCGAUCCAAGGAAUCCCAAAGGUAAAUCCUAAAUUUUACAAGGAAUCCUAGGACAAUUCAAGAACUCAAGAAGCUUUACUUCAUUUUCGCGAAAGACAGUGAGUACAGAAGCGAAAAAGAAAGAUGGCGACCUCUGCAAUUUCAUCUCUCUUUGAUCUUGCUUGCCAACCAAGAAAUCUCCAACUCAACAAGUUCCCUUCUUGCCAGCUCAAGCUUGCAACUUUAAAGUCUCUGAGCUUCUCCACAAAUCUCUCCCACAGUUUCUUCUCCAAAGGAUGUUUGUCCAUGAGGAAAUUUCAGAGGUCAAAUCAUUACGAUGUUGUUUGCAUGGCCAGAAGAUAUGCUCCCAAUUCUUCCCUAAGAAAGAAACUGAGUAGAAAAAGGGGUGGUGAUCGAGAAAAGAAGAACAAGAGAAGGAGGAAGAGAACCAAGAAGAGGAAGGGGAGGGAGGGGAAGAAGAAAAAGAAGAAGGAAUUCAAAAUUGUGAGGCUUGUAUCAACUGCUGAGACAGGUGUUUUCUAUGCCAAGAAGAAGAGUAGGCAGAUUAAGGAGAAGCUUAAAGUCCGAAAAUAUGACCCUCAACUACAUCACCAUGUUUUGUUUGAAGAGUUGAAAUGAAUUUGUCUCAAUCUCAUGAACUUAUGAUGAUCAAUACAAAUUUUGCUGAUUUUUUAACCUUCAGAAAUCAGAAUUAAGAAGAGUACGAACGAAGGAAAAUUUUAUUAUUAUAAUUAAUAUGCAAGCCCCUGCUUCGCUGAUGAAUCUAUAAUAUUUUAUCCAUUACAUACAAUUUUUUAAGAGAAAUUAAUUUUCUUAAAGUAAAGAGAAAAAUAAUAAAAUUAUAAAAAUACACAAAUUUGCAUUAUUAGGACUAGAAGGAAAGCUCACAAUUUUCUUCUUAAUCCUGAUGUCUCCUCUAGAACUACUGCGGCAAACGUGGUGAAUGAUACAAUUCUCAGCCAUAGUAAUGCGGCAAGCAUUUGGAAGACACUCUCUUGGUCUUCUUUGCUAGCAUGGACAACAUCCAAAGCUUCCUAAAAUUAGACAUAUAAACAAUAUAUGGAAAUCACUUUCUCUGUUUUAAAGUAUGAAUCGUGACAAAUAACUGAAUGGAUGGAAAAGAUGUAAUUCAUGUGAAAUAAGCAAGAACCUUAACAAUGCGAAAUUGUUUAGCAUCAUAAACCCUAGAAAUAGAAUAGCAAUUCUCUGUUUCAAAUAUUUAUAUUCAUCAACAUUCUUCAAAUUUAACUUCUCUUUUUACCAAAAUUGAAUGAACAUAGGUGAGGAACAUAACUUAAUAAUGCAGAAAAAAAAAA